AUGUUCCGGGCUCCACUGUCGAAAAGAGCGGAAAGCAGAAGUGGAGGGAGGAAGAGCACCACCAUCCAGCUUCUGGAGCGGUUCUACGAUCCAGAUAAGGGGGAAAUUCUGGUCAAUGGCAUCUCGCUGCGUAGUCUGCCAGUGCGUGCUUGGCGGAGAUUGAUCGGCUACGUUGGUCAGGAGCCGGUCCUAUUCGCAGCCUCCGCCAUGAAGAACUUGAAGGCAGGAGACGGUUCGAUCACCGACGAGGAGGCCAUCGAGGCGGCACGCAGCGCGCAGAUCCUAGACACGCUGACCCAACUGCCCAAGGGACUGGACACUCUGGUGACAGGAGGAAAUUUUUCCGGCGGCCAAAAGCAACGCGUAGCUAUUGCUCGAGCAUUGGCACGAAGGCCGCAGAUAUUGCUGCUGGACGAGGCCACCUCUGCUUUGGACAACGAGUCCGAGAGAAUGGUGCAGGCCACGCUUGACUCGCUGGACGUCACAUACGGCCAAACAAUCACAACCAUCUCCAUUGCCCACCGGCUGACAUCCAUUGUCUCCUCCGACGCCAUCUAUGUACUGAAGGCAUGCGAAAUAGUCGUCCUUGGUGUCAGAGGCGGAAGCGGUAUCAUCAAGCGCCCUGGGUCUAGGCCAGAUGCUCAGUGGUGGUGGUCUCGGGUUUGGGGCAUCGGAGAGUGCAGUGAGGUUGGUGGCAGUUCCGUGUCCCUCUCCGCCGCCCUCCAGCGCACGCAGAAAGAUUGCCGAGAGAAGCUGCGCCUGCCCAGCGCCCUCAUCAGGCAAAGCCCUCUCUCAGGCUAUCUUCGAAGCAUGUCGCGGCAGUCCUUUGUUGGUGCCAUGGCGGGAGAUCCCAUCCAAAACAGCUUCAUCGCGGAGGCAGCGCAUGAACCUGACGAGGAGAUCCCUGUGGCUCCCGCCGUCAUGCCUAGGCUCUGCCAUAUUUCUCGACCUUUCUGGACUGUCUUGCCAUUCGCUUUCCUGAUCAUCAUUGUCGAGGCCAUUGCUGCUCCGUUUCAGGCCCUCCUCUUCACCGAUGCGAUGAAAAGCUAUUACGAGAAAUCGGUUUCCGUCAUGCUCUUCAAGCUUGACCGAGCCUGCUUCGGCCUUGCUCUCUUGGGCAUCGUCAUGGGUGGGAGCGUGGUGAUCAUGAACAGCGUCUUCACUUUCCUUCAGGAGAGCAUCAGCCUUCAGCUCAGAAAGUUGGCGUUUGGCAGCGUCAUCCGCAUGCACAUGGCCUUCUUCGAUUCGCCGGAGAACCAAACAUCCGAUCUGUUGGUGUCUUUGGAGAGGCAUCUGGGCACAAUCCUAGUUGUCCCAGCUCGUUCUAG